GCCAUAUUGAGCUUUGAAAACCAUCCGUGAUCAAUCAAAGGAAACAGAAGCUAAAUUUGUCCAUCUGCCUGGGAAUGACGAAACGUAUUGCAACUCAGGUUAUAGCUGCUGUCUUCAUGUAUUUGUGUACAUGGCGUAAGGAAUGUUUAAAAUGGGUUCGGAGACGUUUCAACAGCAGAUUAAACUGGUCUGAGUUCAGACAAGCAGAUCCUGAUCUCAUAAAGCACAAGCCUGAAAACCAACAGUCGGACAUUUGGAGAACACAUCAAGACUACAGGACCUAUCGACACCAGAGCAACGGACCAAUGGUGAUGGUCAAAACCAGCACCCAUACAUUCCAAGUGGAUUUGGAGAAGCUAGCAGACUGCAGCGAGUAUUUCAGGGCUUUGUCCCACUCCUGUAUGAAAGAGAUGUCUGAAUGGCUGGUGCAUCUAGAACACGUUCCUUCUUUGGUCUUCCACAACCUCCUGGAGUUCUGCUUCCUUCAGCGAUUCUGUGUUCCUGAAGACCUUCUAAAGGAACACCUGCGAGUGAGUAGCUACCUGCUGGCGUCCAGCUUCACUGAUCAUCUACUGAUCACCCUCUCUCAGGCCCUAACGGAGCACAACUGUCCGAGUUACCUACAGCUGGCUGAAGAACUGUGUAUUGUGGAACUUCAAGAGACUGUUCUAACUUUCAUGAGCAAGCACCUGCUUGAACUUCCACACCUCAGUAAAGGCUUGGAUGAGCAUCUUCACACUAAGGUUCUCAGAUUAAGGUCGAAUGGAACUCCACGGUUAUGCUGCUUAAGGAAGGAGAACUUGACCUCAUGGAGCGACCCGGAAACAGAUGCUGCCCGGAAGCUUUUUAGGCUUGAAGAAGGGGAUUAUGGGAAAUGGAGUCCUCUCAUAGAUCUGCCUUUUUGCGCAGAUAAGUGGUGUUUUACUACAGCGGUGGUAUAUAAUUAUCUGUAUGUCAUCGGGGGGUACAGACACCAUGUGAAAAAAGGCUACGAAUUCAAGAUGGUGUCCUUCCGCUACAACCCUCUCACUCAUCGGUGGGUGUCGAUGGCUCCUCUAAUCAAGCACAGACGUCACUUCAGUGCAGCAGUGUGUGAAGGACGAAUCUACGCUGUUGGGGGCUGGUAUCUGGAUUCACUUGUGACUCCUGACUCCAGUACAAGUGUGUACACCGCUGUAGAGGUGUAUGAUCCGUGGACGGAUGCUUGGUCAUUUGUUUCUUCCAUCCCUCUGACAGACUUCCAGUUUAGUCUAUCUCUCUCCCACGAUUCCCCUCUUACCACCAGCCUGGGACACUGCCUCUACGUACUGGGGAACAUCGCGAGAACGGGAGAAAAACUGGUUCUGCGCUACGAUACUAGACAAGACUACUGGUGCGAAUUGCUCCCCACACUCACCCGAUCGAGCGCAGACCUCCCAAGUCUCCACUUCCUGGGAGCUGCUGAUGGUCAGUUGAUUGUGAUUGGUGGAAACAAUUAUGAAACCAUCGUAACAUCAUUCUGUGUGGAGUCUAAAAAGUGGGGUCAAAUCAGAGCGAUGGAAAAGAGCACCUUCAUCGGGCAGGGCACCAUUCUUCAUAAUGAUCUCUACAUGUCUGGAACAAACUACUCUAUUGUUAAAGUGAACCUGCAGUCUCUUUCUCUCUCUGCACUUGCUUCACUUCCGGUCUCCACCUGUUACGAGAGCCUCUUUCAUCUCUGCUUCUGA